CUUUUCACACUACUUUUACUCCACUAUCUUCUUUUUAUACAUUAAAAAUCAAUGGGUCUCACCACUUCACCCACUUUUCUUUCUCUUUUCCACUACUUUAUACAUAUUUCUUAACCUCCAUGCCCAACCCAAACGAUAAGAAAUGAGAGGGACGAAGGGAGUAUAAAAUUGGCAGCAUAGUAUUCCUGCUAAAAGCACUUAAUGAUAGACCCAUAGAAAAUCCUUAGCAAGAUUGUUUGUGCGCCUUUCAGGUGUAAUGUACGCGGCACUUUAGAAUUAUUUAAAAUUAUAAUUUUAUAUGGUUAUAAUUAUAGAUAAAUCUCAUAAUUUUAUAUAGUUAUAAUUACAGAUAAAUCUCAUGGGAGCCCAUAGCAAUAUAGCAAUAUAGCAAUCUCAUUUACAGAGAUCAUUCAUCUACUUGUAUUAUCCUGACAUCAACUUUCCUAGCAUAAGCUUUCCAUGGACCGGAAGGAAAAAAAAAAGCCAUGGUGGACUAAGUAAUAAUCGAUAAAAUAAUAUCUUUAUUAAAAUAAUAUUUUUUUCUAAUCUCAGUGUAAUACAAAUAGUGUAUUUUUACUUUCGGUAAUACAAAUAGUGUAUUUUUACUUUCGAUAAAAAAAAAAAAAAAAUUCGUUCGUCCCGCGGUUUAACUGAACUUUGGAAAAUGUUGUAUAAGAUUAUGCACUCUAGUUUAAUGUAGGGAAUCUUGCAAGUUAUAACGAGAGAAGCAGAAAGGCAUGGGGCAAAUUCUUCACUGAAUGUAGUAGAGUUUGAUCAAGUAUUGUUAACUUCAUGAACCUAACAACUUGUGGACUGACUCCUGGGAAGUCACUUAUUGGAAAUCAAAACAUAAUUAUGCAAGUACAUAUAAUGGCCCUGGUGCAAUGCAUUUGAUUCAUUUCGAUAUUCACAAUUAAUUACAAAAACUGUCUAUAAAUUAGAUUCCAAUUUUGAAGUGAUCUCAACUUUGCAUUUCAAGUGAACAUACAGGCAAUGGAGAAGCUGGAUCAGCAAGACAUUUCGAAGCUUGAAGCACUUAUCAAGUAUGGCACAGACAUAACCCAAUUGGCGAAACAGAAUAAGUUGGAUCCGGUUAUAGGCAGAGGGGAAGAGAUUGAAAGAGUUACACAAAUAUUAUGCAAGCGCAGAAAAAAUAAUGUGUGUCUUACUGGGGAUCCCGGUGUUGGUAAAACUGUCAUUGUUGAAGGUCUAGCGUCAAGAAUAAUUACUGGGAGCAUCCCGUUAAAGCUUCAAGAUGCGAAGGUAUUCUCAGUAGACAUGGCACGGUUGAUAGCUGGUGCCUCAAACCGAGGUGAAUUUGAGGAGAGGUUAACCAAAGUUGUUGAUGAAGUGAAAUUAAGUGAGGGAAAAAUUGUUUUGUUUGUUGAUGAGCUGCAUACAGUGGUUGGAGCGGGCUCUUCGGGGCCUCUUGAUGCUUCUAACAUUUUAAAACCAGCUCUAGCUAGAGGUGAAUUAAAGUGCAUUGGCGCGACAACAAUGGAAGAAUACAGGAAGUACAUUGAGAAAGACGGGGCGUUGAAAAGGCGUUUUCAGGUUGUUGAUGUGCCUGAACCAUCUGUUAAGGACACAAUCCUGAUACUCAAAGGACUGGUAAAGAAAUAUGAAGAUUUUCAUAAUGUUAACUACACUGAGAAAGCCAUUCGCUUUGCGGCCUCUUCAGCAAAAUUAUAUAUCAGCGAUCGCUUCCUGCCUGAUAAAGCGAUUGACUUGAUCGAUGAAGCUGGUGCAAGGGUGAAUCUGCAGCAAAAGCAAGCAAAAUAUGAGAAGCCUACGGUUGUGACUAGAAGGGAUACAAAGUUUGGUUCGGGGAUUAAUCUGCAGAAAAGGGAAGCAGAGAGUAAUGGCGAUAUGCUUGUAACUGAAAAAGAUAUAGCCCUUGUUCUCUCAUCGUGGACUGGAAUCCCGGUGGGAAAGAUAUCAGAAGAAGAAGCAUUCAAGCUUUUAAACAUGGAAAAAACUCUACAAACCAAAAUGAUUGGCCAGAAGGAAGCGGUUGUGUGUGUUAGCAGAGCUAUACGCAGGGCCAAAGUUGGGAUUAGGGACCCAAAUCGUCCUAUUGCUAGUUUUUUGUUCACCGGACCUACUGGUGUAGGCAAAACCGAGCUUGCAAAAUUAGUAGCUCAAGAGUAUUUUGGGACCAAAGAUGCCAUUGUAAGAGUCGACAUGAGUGAGUACAUGGAAAAACACGAGGCAUCUAAGCUUUUCGGAUCCCCUCCAGGGUAUGUAGGCCAUGAUGAAGGCGGGCAUUUGACAGAAGCUGUAAGGAGAAGGCCUCACAGUUUGGUUCUUUUUGAUGAGAUUGAGAAAGCUCACAGGGAUGUUUUCAACACACUGCUCCAGAUAUUAGAUGACGGCAGGCUAACAGAUGGUAAAGGCCGCGUGGUGGACUUUAAGAACACAAUAAUCAUACUCACUUCCAAUAUUGGAGGUCAUUUAACUGGUAACUUUGAGCAGGUGAAACAGCAGGUUUCUGAAUUGCUGAAAGCAAAUUUCAGGCCUGAGUUCUUGAAUAGGCUCGACGAUGUUAUUGUUUUCAAGCAUCUGAAGAAGAAACACCUGAGAAGGAUUGUUGAAGUAAUGCUGAAAGAGUUUAUACAGAGGGUGAAGGAGAAAAAGGAGAUAGUGAUAACAAUAACGGAUCAAGUUCGUGAAAAGGUUGUAGAAGAGGGUUACUCUCCGAGCUACGGAGCAAGGCCAUUGAGAAGGGCCAUUACAAGAUUACUGGAAGAUAAUUUGUGUGAUAAAAUUCUGUCUGGUGAUUUGAAAGAGGGUGAUUCUGUUACAGUUGAUAUCAAUUUGGAAGGAGAAGUGGCCUUUAAGGACGGGGCUAUAUUUUGGGAGUGCUGAAGAGUUUCUAGUUACUUUUCUUAUUUGAAGUCAUCUUGGCUCUUUUGCUGAAGAUAUUCAUGCAUGAUUAAUUGAUUAUAAUAUAUAUUAUCGAAUAUGUGUACGGAUUAUGAAUUAUGUAC